AGAAGGGGUGAAACAAGCUCCCCUCUUUCCCCUCCCCCUCCCCCCAUACCAAACUCGGGCACCAAACCCAACCCUUCCCUAACCAUCCGACUUCCUCCUCCCCUUUCUAGAAUGGUGGCUGUAUGGACAGUCUGACAGAACAGAGACUGACAUCUCCCAAUCUGCCGGCCCCCCACCUGGAACACUACAGUGUUCUGCAUUGCACCAUGACCCUGGAUGUGCAAACUGUAGUCGUUUUUGCUGUAAUUGUAGUCCUCCUGCUUGUCAAUGUCAUACUCAUGUUUUUCCUGGGAACGCGCUGAA